AACGUCGGGUCGGGUCAGCGGGCGCUGCAGUAGUCGCCGCAGCGGCGAUGGGAGCGGUGGGGACGAGGCGGCGGCGGCGGCGGCAGGAGGAGGAGCAGAGGCUGGCACAAGAGCAGCGGCUGGGGGCGGCCACCAGCAGCAACAACAGCAGCAGCCGCCGCCGCCGCCGCCAGUAAAGGCGGACGGUACCCGAGGGGACUACCCGGCUGGCCGGCCGGCCCGCGAAGCCGCGCUCGGGUCCCGCCGCAGUGGGCGGCGGGGGAUGGGCAGGCGGCGGCGGUCCCGCCUGUUGAGGGUUGGCCCCUGCCGGUCCCGGGUCUGAGCUGGACCGGAGCCCUCAACCCGAAAUCCCUGCGUCCGUCACGGCCCAGGUUAAAUGGAAACCAUCCUUGGGAGCUAGAUGCCUGUGUAGCUGUUCUACCACAUCAGUGUUUUGCAAUGAGUGGGGGAGGAGAGCAGUCGGAUAUCCUCAGUGUUGGAAUCCUAGUAAAAGAAAGAUGGAAAGUGUUGAGAAAAAUUGGGGGUGGGGGCUUUGGAGAAAUUUACGAUGCCUUGGACAUGCUCACCAGGGAAAAUGUUGCACUGAAAGUGGAAUCAGCUCAACAACCAAAACAAGUUCUGAAAAUGGAGGUUGCUGUUUUGAAAAAACUACAAGGGAAAGACCAUGUUUGUAGAUUUAUUGGCUGUGGGAGGAAUGACCGAUUCAACUAUGUGGUCAUGCAAUUACAGGGUCGGAAUCUGGCAGAUCUUCGCCGUAGCCAGUCCCGGGGCACAUUCACCAUUAGCACUACUCUUCGCCUGGGUAGGCAGAUUCUGGAGUCCAUUGAAAGUAUCCAUUCAGUGGGAUUCUUGCACCGAGACAUCAAACCGUCAAACUUCGCCAUGGGUCGUUUUCCUAGUACAUGUAGAAAGUGUUACAUGCUUGAUUUUGGCUUGGCUCGACAAUUUACCAAUUCCUGUGGUGACGUCAGACCACCUCGAACUGUGGCAGGCUUUCGAGGGACAGUUCGUUAUGCAUCAAUCAAUGCUCAUCGGAACAGGGAAAUGGGAAGACAUGAUGACCUUUGGUCCUUAUUCUACAUGUUGGUCGAGUUUGUGGUUGGUCAGCUGCCUUGGAGGAAAAUAAAAGACAAGGAGCAAGUAGGCUCUAUCAAAGAGAGGUAUGACCAUAGGCUCAUGUUGAAACAUCUCCCUCCAGAAUUCAGCCUCUUUCUGGACCAUAUCUCAUCUUUGGAUUAUUUUACAAAACCAGACUACCAGCUUCUUACAUCCGUGUUUGAAAAUAGCAUCAAGACCUUUGGAGUAAUUGAGAGUGACCCUUUUGACUGGGAGAAAUCUGGAACUGAUGGCUCCCUAACCACCACCACCACUUCUACCACCCCUCAGUUGCACACCCGACUGACUCCUGCUGCAAUUGGAAUUGCAAAUGCCACUCCCAUCCCAGGAGACUUGCUUCGAGAAAAUACGGAUGAGGUGUUUCCAGAUGAACAGCUUAGUGAUGGGGAGAAUGGCAUUCCUGUUGGUGUGUCACCAGAUAAGUUGCCUGGAUCUUUGGGACACCCUCGUCCCCAGGAAAAGGAUGUCUGGGAAGAGAUGGAUGCCAACAAAAAUAAGAUAAAACUUGGAAUUUGUAAGGCUGCUACUGAAGAGGAGAACAGCCAUGGUCAAGCCAAUGGUAUUCUCAAUGCUCCAAGUCUUGGUUCACCAAUUCGAGUCCGCUCAGAGAUUACUCAGCCAGAUAGGGAUGUUCCAUUGGUGCGAAAAUUACGUUCCAUCCACAGCUUUGAGCUGGAAAAACGUCUGACACUGGAACCAAAGCCAGAUACUGACAAAUUUCUCGAGGCCUGCUUGGAGAAAAUGCAGAAAGACUCAAAGGAAUCUGUUCUCCCUGCUCUGCUUCAUAAGCCUUGUGUCCCUGUUGUAUCCCGUAAUGACCACGUCUGGCACUAUGAUGAAGAAUAUCUUCCAGAUGCCUCCAAACCUGCCUCUGCCAACACUCCUGAGCAGGCAGAUGGUGGUGGCAGCAAUGGAUUUAUAGCUGUUAACUUGAGUUCUUGCAAGCAGGAGGUCGAUUCCAAAGAAUGGGUGAUUGUAGACAAGGAACAAGACCUUCAGGAUUUCAGAACAAAUGAGGCUUUAGGACAUAAAACAACUGGAAGCCCUUCUGAUGAGGAGCCUGAAGUGCUUCAGGUCUUGGAGGAAUCACCUCAAGAUGAAAAGCUCCAAAUGGGCCCUUGGGCAGAAAACAAUCAUUUAAAGAAGGAAACCUCAGGUGUGGUCUUGGCGUUUUCUGCAGAGUGCCCUGCCUCUGCUGUUUCAGAACAAUACACAGAUAGACUGGAACUCCCGGUUGGAGCUGCUAGUCAGUUUAUUGCAGCAACACCCACAAGUCCAAUGGAGGCACAAGCAGAAGGACCCCUUACAGCGAUUACAAUUCCUAGACCUUCUGUGGCAUCAACACAGUCAACUUCAGGAAGUUUUCACUAUGGUCAGCAGCCAGAGAAAAAAGAUCUUCAGCCCAUGGAGCCCUCUGUAGAACUUUAUUCUCCAAGGGAGAACUUCUCUGGCUUGGUUGUGACAGAGGGUGAACUUCCUAGUGGAGGAAGCAGAACAGAUUUGGGGCUUCAGAUAGAUCACAUUGGUCAAGACAUGUUACCUGAUAUUAGGGAGAGUGACAAAUCUCAAGACCUGGGACCAAAAGAUCUUCCUGACUAUAAUAGACUGGUUGUAAGAGAAUUUGAGAAUCUCCCUGGGGAAACUGAAAAGAAAAGCAUUCUUCUAGGGUCAGAUAAUGAAGAUGAAAAGUUAAGUAAAGGGCAGCAAUGUAUUGACAUAUCUCUUCCAGGAGAUUUGGUAACUGUGGAAAGGGAUCAUUCUGCUACUACUGAACCUCUUGAUGUGACAAAGACACAAACUUUUAGUGUGGUGCCAAAUCAUGACAAAAAUCAUGAAAUAAUGAAGCUUUUGGUAAUUGGCACUUCAGAAAUUUCUUCAAGAGUCAUUGAUCCACAUGUUGAAGGACAGAUAGGCCAGGUGGCACCAAUGCAAAAAAUUAUACUAUCUAAGAAUGAUGACAUUAAGAGUGAAGACUUGCCAGGUCAUCAGGGAGACCUCUCUACUUUUUUGCACCAAGAGGGUAAGAGAGAGAAAAUUGCCCCUAGAAAUGGAGAACUAUUUCAUUGUGUUUCAGAGAAUGAACAUGGUCCCCCAACUCGGAAGGAUAUGAUUAGGUCAUCCUUUGUAAGUAGACAUAGUCGAAUCCCUGUUUUAGCACAAGAGAUAGACUCAACUUUUGAAUCUUCCUCUCCAGUUUCUGCAAAAGAAAAGCUCCUCCAGAAGAAAGCUUAUCAGCCUGACCUAGUCAAACUCCUGGUGGAAAAAAGGCAAUUCAAGUCUUUCCUUGGUGACCUCUCAAGUGCCUCUGAUAAGCUGUUAGAGGAGAAACUAGCUGCUGUUCCUGUUCACUUUUCUGAGGAGGAAGUCUUCACUCCAUUUUCAAAACUGGCAAUAGAUUCUCACCUGAGUAAGUCAGCUGAAGACAGCUUUCUGUCACCUAUUAUUUCCCAGGCAAGAAAGAGUAAGAUUCCAAGGCCAGUUGCGUGGGUCAACGCAGAUCAAGUCAAUAGCUCAACUUCAUCCCAGUUCUUGCCUCGACCACCACCAGGAAAGCCACCUACAAGGCCUGGAGUAGAAGCCAGGCUACGAAGAUACAGAGUUCUAGGGAGUAGUAACUCAGACUCAGACCUCUUCUCCCGGCUGGCCCAAAUUCUUCAAAAUGGAUCUCAGAAACCCCGGAGCACUACUCAGUGCAAGACCCCAGGAUCUCCUCACAAUCCAAAAACACCACCCAAGAGUCCAGUUGUCCCUCGAAGGAGUCCCAGUGCCUCUCCUCGAAGCAGCUCCUUGCCUCGCACGUCUAGUUCCUCACCAUCUAGGGCUGGGAGGCCCCAUCAUGACCAGAGGAGUUCAUCCCCACACCUGGGGAGAAGCAAGUCACCUCCCAGCCACUCAGGAUCAUCCUCUUCCAGAAGGUCCUGCCAGCAGGAACAUUGCAAACCCAGCAAGAAUGGCCCAAAAGGAUCUGGCAGCCUCUACCACCACACAGCCAGCACUAAAACCCCUCCAGGGAAGAGUAAGCCAGCCAGUAAACUCAGCAGAUAGGAGCUGGGCUGCCUGUCUGGGAAAGGUGUGAGAUCUUCCUCCUAAACCUGAUGCAUGUGUGUCUCUGUACUGUCUAUUUAAAAAAUCAGUGUUGAUCUUUUGGAAAAGAAAGUAACAUGAUCAAUUAUUUAUAAGAAGACAUAAAUGUAUAAUAAGGAUUUACCUAAAGCAGGUAGCAAGCAGAUUGGGAACAAUGCCUUUUGCAUAGGAAGGGGCAUCCAGCAAAAUCCAAGGGGCAGAAACUCAUUAAAUGAGCUUUCACAACUUUUAGCUGACUUUGAAACAAGAGUUGAGGGUAGAAGAUAGAAUGGAAUUUUACUUUUAAGGAAUUUCAUCUAAUUUUUAAAACCUCUACUCAAAAAAUUAUAUAGCAAAAAUGUUUGAUAUUUUCAUUCAAAUCUUCUGAACCUUGAAAUCAUUGCUCACAUAUUAGAGUAUA